AUUUGAAUGGCACGGUAUCGGACGAGGGGCUGUGACUCGCCAAGAUCGCCAGAAACGUGUACGGCGAAGUGCGAUCGACUCGUCGAUGCGCUGCUGUUCCGCCGCUCUUGUCAAUUUUAAGUUUUUCGAAGCGCGUGUGUAAAUAAACAAAUUUCUUUUCAUUGAAAUGUAUGAUGAAGUGAUACAAAUGUUUGUUUAAUAAUCGUGUCUGCACAAAGUGGAACUUUUUAAAUGUAUCCGUAACCGCUUCUCGCAAUGAUAAGGGAGAGCACUCAGUUACCUUUUGAGAAACCGGAGGCAUUAAAAUGUUUCAUGUGGUCUAAUUGAUGCCACUUUUUAAUUUGUUUAAGUGUUUACGUUGAAUUUAAGGACUACUGUGUUAUAGUUCAGUGACGCUUUUAAAAGUUCAACCGUCAUUUCGACACGAUCGUUAGUCGUCUACACGUUGAAAAUGAGUGUGUUGAGUGGUUUAAGUAAGGCGGACAUCAAGACGGCGAGCGAUGGCCUGCUGGAGCUGCCCGAGGAGAGGCUCCGCAGCAUCAUGCGGUCUGAACCGAUAACCGCAGUCUACCACGUUGAGCAGACACCCUUUGCAAGGGGUAAAUUUGCGUCGGUACGCAAGAUCCGUCACCUGGUCUCCGGGCAAGAGUACGCGGCCAAAUUCAUCAGGAAGCGACGGCGAGCGGUGGAUACAACGCGGGAGAUACUCCACGAGGUCGCCGUCCUGGCGCUGUGCGCUGACUGCACCAGGGUCGUCAGCUUGCAUGAGGUUUACGAAACUCGUUCAGAAGUGGCUAUCGUAUUGGAACUGUGCGCUGGGGGCGAACUCCAGCGCUUGCUCGACGACGAGGAGAGACUAUCGGAGGGCGCCGCGAGGAGGGCCCUCCGGCACGUACUGGAAGGCCUACAACACUUGCACGAGCGUAGAGUCGCACACUUAGACCUGAAACCACAGAAUUUGCUGUUAACGGCGGGUGGAGAAGAGCUCCUCAUAUGCGACUUUGGAAUCAGUAGAGCCAUCCAGCCAGGCGCACACGUCAGAGAAAUUUUGGGCACAAGGGAUUAUGUUGCCCCAGAGAUUCUCUCCUACGAGCCGUUGUCCUUAGCUGCCGACAUCUGGUCGGUCGGCGUGUUGGCGUACGUGCUUUUGAGCGGGUACUCUCCGUUCGCCGGCGACACGAAGCAGGAAACGUAUUUGAACAUCGCCCAGUGUCAGCUCUCCUUCCCGAAAGAGCUUUUCAGAGGCGUAUCGCAGACCGCCAUUGGCUUUAUCACGGAAACUCUUGUUGUUGAUCCAAAAGGCCGUCUCACAGUGGAUGAGUGCCUGGAGCACCCCUGGUUGAAAGACGAGUCGGACAUGCCGCCCGCCAUCGUGGGAUUGGGCUUCGACUCGGCGCCCGUCAGCACCGACGACGCAGAGGACGACGACCCCGAGCCGGAGCCCGCCGCGCACCCCGCCCCGCCCGCGCACCCCGCCCUCAACGGGCACGCCGCCCUCAACGGGCACAACGGCGUCAACGGCUGCACGAACAACGGGACGCAUGAAGAUGAUAAAGUGUCAGAGUGCGAAGAGCGAGACAAGCCGCUGAAGCACGGGCACGCGCGGGACGUCUCGCCCCCCUUCCCCGACGCGCCCUCCACGCCCAAGGUGUCGCGCAAGUCGCACCCGCAUCCUCCGUCGGUGCUGGCGCUCUGCAAGAAGUUUCAGCCGGACUACGAGAAGCCGGCCAAGCUGUCCCUCUCGCCGGCGGGGGUGGACUGCGAGCCCUCCGCCUGCCGCCGCCUCCGCCCCGCGCGCGCCGUGCUCUGCUAGCCCGAGCGCGACCCGCGGGACGGCGCGUGCGCUGACGUCACGCGCGCCGUCACUGCGGUCGUCACGUCGCUGUGUUGCGGACGUUCGUCAUGACGUCACAGAGCCGCGGCUCCGCUCACGCAGACGCAGCGACGAAGAGACUUUCGGGGGACGCUUCUGCGCGCGCGUUGCGCUGAUGACGUCACGCGUGCAGUGCCGUGUUGUGCCUUAAUUAAUGUACGUACUGUUCCGUUGCUCCUGAGCUCGUCCCGCGCGCGGCGUGACCUCGUCGCUCAUGUAAAGCUAUUACAUAGUGCUAGUUUAUCAUAAUGUGUUCGUAAGUCUCGAUUUGUGAUAAGGAAGUCAUUACUAAUGUCACGUAAAAGUUCAUUACAUGUUGAUGCGUUUUAUACUAAUAAGGAUGUUUGUUGCCUUUAUUACGUCAAACGUGUCAUACCCAAUUCAGGUUUGUAACAUUCGGUUCUUAACUGGAUAGUGAGAUGCGGAAACGCGGGGAGUAAUCGAGGUAAUGGUGAAUUUUUCCCUCUCCCCCUUACACUCUGUAAUGAGGGCUUAAUAUUGUACAUAUUCUAUUUGUAUAUUAUCCGACAGGCGCCCACCUAAAGAGGUCGUGCGCCUUCGUUCUCGGUACAAAUCGCAUAAUGGCGCCACGUCGCUUGUAAAUGUCUUUUUAGUGAUUCGUAGACGAACGCGACCACAUACAUACAUAUAUACGGAUAUCCCUUUGCAAUCGUUUUGACGCAUCGCGAUAUGAUUAAAGUACGUUGACAGCUGACAGCUUAUACGUCUGACAGCUGACAGCUUAUACGUCUAAAUUCAAUAGUAUAUUUUUGUAGGAGCUUUACUGUUUAUGGCCUAACGAUGUACAAACGACGUGUUUGCAGUAUAAAUGUUUAUAAAUACUUUAAUCGCAAUGGCAUCGAACGCUUUGGGCUAUCGUGGUGUGUAGUCGCGUACGUCUAAUUAUAAGUUCUAUCUUAUAUUAUAAAGCCGAGUCGCUUGCGGGGUGGGCGCGCCGACGUCACGAAUUGUAAAUAAUUAUAUAUAUGUGAUGCUAUCGUGUUUAUUUAUUACGUGAUCAGUUCGCGCCAACGGACCCUUCUCCCGUGCGAGGCGACAAACAAAACGUAUCGAUAUACAUUUGCCUAUAUUUAAUAAUGGAUCACAAAUGUUAUGUUAUUUAGUUUAUUUUUUAUGAUUGUAUCGAUAGUUGUUGUUUCGGUGAAAGGUGUUGUCGUUGUCGGAGAAGCGUCCGGGCGCGCCGGUCGGGUCGAGCACGCCGCGACCGACGCCGCGUCACUUACCUAGUUAAUGCAAUUUGUUAAUGCUACGAUCACGUCGCGUGAUUAAUAUUUUUAGUACGUAAGCGUUCUGAUUAGCGUGAUGCGGUCGCGAGGCUGAUAGUCCUCGCUUCGAGUGUCUGGGACCAAAAUUAUUGUUGUCUUGUAGUCGCGAUACAGCGCGGAGCCAUUAGUGCCUGUCGAUAAUUUGUCGAUAGAGUUAGAGAUGGUGUUAUAUCGAUAAAUAUAGUGCUAUAAGUCGAGAUUGUUGUGAGAUGUUUCAUUGGAAAAAUUGGAAAUUUUAUCACUAGGAGUGACAGUUUUUUGGGAUUGUUAUUUAGAUAAAAAAAUAAAAAUGAUUAUUGUAGAACUCUCUUGCGAUGGAUUUUUUUGAGCUCAAAUCUUUCUAUCUGAUUAUUAUUAUUUUUUAAAUAUAUUUUUCAUCGAUGGCACACGUCGAUGUUAAUGCUAAUCGGCUACACUGUGAAUAUUUCUUGUAUCGUGUAAUUAUUUUAUUAUUUUAAUUUCUUGCAACGUGAUCUUUGUUCUUUUAUCAUGUUUUUUUAACGUAUCACGUUUCAUCUAAAUCGAAGAUUAUCUUGUGAGAGCUGUUGUGAUCCAUUACUACCCAUUUGUAAAAAAUAAAUUAUUGUGAUAUAAAAAAA